ACAGAUAAAACAGCCGUUGAGAAUAAGGCAGUUUAAAUAUAACUAUUUUCAAAAUUGCAGUGACCUGCUUGUUAUGAUCUAGGGCUGUUUUAAAACCAUAUUAGGUCUAAAAUAUCUAGUAUCUAAUAUCUGUACGACGCAAAUGAAGCCUACAUAAGUGCGAUGGAUGUGUUAAGGCUACUAAGUGUUUUCGUUUUGAUUGUAACUGUUUUACAGAUUGGUAGUUUUUUAUCUGUUGUAGUGGUAUGGAAAUAUAAACGAGAUGAUAUCUUGGUUGACUAUUAUUCUACAAUUUGCGACCAUGCAGUUGCAAAUGGAGAUGAUGAACGGGUGCCAUGUAAAGGCGUAGAAAGUUUGCUGAAAGCGGAAAUAGACAAGGAAAUCAAGAGAAGAGCUAGAAAUGGACUGCGUACAGAAUCAAGUCUACCUGAAAUUCUUGGAUAUGACAAAUGCCUUGAAACUAGGGAAAUAUCGUCAAUACUGCUGGAUGGGAUAUCGACAAAUACGCAAGGAAAAGGUUCCGGUAUUGUUCAUUGGCUUUCCGUAGUGAAUUCAGACCAAAAAGGAAAUUUGUCAUACAAUGAUGGAUCCUUACAUAUUGCCGAAACUGGUUUUUAUUAUCUAGCCUUUCAACUCAUGGUCACAAUUCCUGAAAAUAAAGAAAGAUCAUUUGAAAGAGAAUCAGAAAAUACACAAAUAGAGCACACACUCAUGCAUAGAUCUGCAAAUGGAGCAAAGACAACUGUUUUAAGAAAUGUGAGGCAUGGUGGUUGCCAAGCCAGAACAAAAACUAUAAGCACAGGAAGCGUUUUUAAAUUCAAGGGAGGGGAAAGCGUUCAUUUACAUACGUCAAGUAUGCAGUCCAUUGCUAGUGACACGGGACAUCAUAGUUUUAUGAUGUACAAAAUUUGACUGUUGUUUUACUAUAUUUCCAGUUUUAUCUUAAAUAUCUAUCAUAUAUUGAUGAUAUAAACAUUUUGUGCAAACAUGCGAUUUGUGAACAUUGAAUUGUUUUCAAAAUCAAUAAAUAUCAAUGAUUUCAUGAGCCGCUCUAGAUGUGCGAUUUGUAUUCGUCUUCCUAGAUUAUGUAAAAAGUUAUGUAUUUCAUUUUCACAGAAAAAGAAGUUUUAACUCGUAUUUGUAUAAAAGUAAUUGCCCUCUUCAAAUCACACUUUCUGUAAUCAAAUGGGUUUUCUCGUAAUCGUGAACGCGCGUUAUCAAUAGCAGUAUCAAGAACACUAGAUAUGCUUCGGCGAAACCAUGAUAGAAAACAAUUUGUACAAAACAAACAAGAGUGCAUAAACGACAACACACGUAUAAAAGAUUUAUAGAGUAAAUAAAUAGUAAGCUUUCAGAAAAGCUACAGCUGGUGACAAUCGAGCAAGGAAAACAUUUGAUAAAAACAUGUAAAUCAAUGAAUGCUACAUUCUUGAUAAUUUAUAGAACGAGGGAGCAGCUGGAUACUCUUUUUAAUUCGACCUGUUUACUUGUACAGCGUUUAUAGAAAAUCCAUCGGAAGUAAAUACUCCAGGCUACGAUCCGUUUCUCAGCGCAGAUGAGUGCAUAUAUGUUGUGUUUAGUGUACUUAAUAACGUUUUGCUGUAUAUCUCAUGGUGGCUUGUACCUUUUAUCUUGACAAAAUUAAACGAAUUUAUAUGAUAA